AGCACUCAGCCGAAUAACAUACCUUCAGAUCUGAAAGUUCCUGUGGACGAACAUGACCACUCGCUACGGGGUCCCACAAGAGAUUGUCACCGAUAACGGACCCCAGUUCACAAGCCACAACUUUAAGGAGUUCUGCAAGAACUGGGGUAUAAAUCUCACCUUCGCCACACCCCGACACCCCAGUCUAAUGGACAAGCUGAAUACACAAAUAAAACUGUGGUCAACAUGUUAAAAAGGGAUUGGAGGGUUUUUAUCGGAAGUGGGCAGAAGAAUUACACGGAGUCCUCUGGGCCUACCGGACUACUCCCUACACGGCGAGACAUGAAACUCGUUACUCGCUAGUCUACGGCUCUAAGGACAUAAUACACACGGAGAUGCACGUGAGAACAACGGUCUCAGGGUCUACCUCUCAAGAAGAAAAUGACGAACUGAUGUCAUUGAGCCUCGACUUACUCGACGGAAAGAGAGAAGCCGCUCGACUACGAAACUGGUCCUACCAGCAAGAUGUCGCCAGGACCUACAACAAAAAGUAAGAACCCGGACCUUCCGGCGCAUCGGGGUCCCUAGAGUACCACAUGUGAAAAGUACAUGUAUUAAAAUGCUACGUGCUACACAAUACAGGGAAACACUUGGUAUACUUGCAAAAGUACUGUGAAAUACAGGGAGCAAAAGUGCAAAAGUCUGGGAGCACAUUAUAAUCUCUGCUUAUCCAGACGUGGAAAGCUGUAAAGUCUGGCACUUGGGUCCCUACACCCACACCAGCACCCCCUAAGUCUGAUAGUGGCUUCCUGCAGAAGCAUAAUGCAGCAUAUGAACUCGAUAGUGGCCAGCUUCAGAUCAUAUAUCUCUUCCUCCCGGCGCUCCAGCUGCUCCCUCAAGGAGACAUUCUCCGAUGAAGCCAUCAUCCCUGCUUCGUCUUGGUUCCUCACUUUGAGCCUCAGAGCCUUGAUCUCUUUCUCCUUGGCCAGAACGAUAUCCUUCUCCUCGCGCAGCUGGGAAGCCAGAGUAGCCAUAUCAGCCCCUUGAUUGAAGCAUGGUCGUCCAUCCUCUCCCCAAGGUGGAACAUCUGAGACAUCGCCUGCACGAGAACAGUCUGAUCAUCAGCAAAAAAAAAAACCAAACGAAAUGAAAAAGAGAGCAACAUGUUACCUGGAGAAGAUCGCUCUGGAUUGAUUGGAUGGCUGCAAGAGAGUCUUCCUCCGGCAGAGACACCGGGGUCAAAGGGAACACCUUGGUAUUGAGAUUGGCUAGAACAGUGGCCGGGUCACAUGACGACGACGGAGAGACAUUCAGAGUAGAUCCAGAAGCCUUAGAAUUCUUCUUAGAAGAAGAAACUGGAGCGGUCCUUGCUUGGUGAUACCAGUCAAAUUACCCUAAGGAAUGAUUUAUACUAUCUCAAAUAAGAGGUCGAGUUGUAGUACUUGUGAGAGACAAGGUUUCACUUCUUAGAUUUAGGUUAGGUCAAGAGAGAUGAAUGAGAAUCGUGGGCUGAAUCCCGUAAAUAAACUUGAAGAAUGAAUAUGAUUUAAUUGAUGAGUUGAAAGAUGAUGAAUACAAAGGAAUGUAUCUUGUGAUGAUCAAAGAAUACGUAAUGCUUUUAAUCUAGUACCAAAGUUCAUCCAUGAAAAAAAAGAGAUCCCUUGUCUUUUAUCUUCUCCAUCUUUAUAUAGUCUAGGUUUCGUUGGCAACCCUUCAACUGUUCUCCUAGAUAUUUGGCUUCAAUUACGGAGCUCGCUUUAGGCUCCUCUUGACCGAGUCUCUUAAGGUGUUAGCUCACUUUCUGUCGUGACCUCUGCUAUGAUGUCUCCCAGGUCCAGUCGUCAGCUCGGCUUUCAGCUCCCUUUGUUAUGAUGGGCUUAUCGCAACCCACAUGCUAGCUCACGCUUAUCGGUACCUCACCUGAGGGUCAUAUUCGGGUCCAACAGUUGCCCCCAGCUUCCGAAUAAAAUCCUUUGUCUCGGAAGCUAGAAUCUAGCUAUCGAUCUUAUCUUUUCGUUAAGAUAAUGAUUAGUUCUUAUCCUAUUUAGAUUCAGCUUACUCGAUCUAACGGUCUUUAUUACGUUUGGCAGAAUCUAUGGUUCAGAUGGAGAGGGUUUGAAAUGACUUUUCCGAAUCUCGAGAGGUGAUGGGAUAUAAAGCGGUGAACAUUAACUGCUAGCCUUCCACUUUCUCCACGCCUCCGUUCGGUUUUCAAGAAAUCGAAGAUCCCCCGAAGCUCUCUACCAAGCUCACCAGGGCUCUAUACCGCAAGUUGCAACAGAGUCCCUGUACCUGGGUGGCCUACACCACUUCUCGAAUAAGUGCAGCCAGAUUCCCAGAUACCUACAACGCCUCUUUCCAAGAUCCCAUUCCUGCUGAGAACCUUGAGAGUGAGUUCUUGUCCGAACCUUUUCAAUGAUUUUAUCGCUUUGAAGUUUUUAAACUUAAGGAUUUCCAUUGUUCCAGUUUCGGCAGGCGAUUCGGUUGUAUCGAUCUCAACUGGUGCUAGUGCUUCGGGAACUGAAAAGUCUCAGCCAGGUGACAUGACUCUGCGACCGUCAUUCCGUUCUAGGGGUAACCCCUCUAAAGCUGCCAGUGCUUCUCGUGGAAGCGACAGGAACCAAGGAGGAUCGUUCCUUAUCUCAAUGAAGGAAGUUUUGGACGACGGAGGAUCCAAACCUGUUGUCGAGACUACUCCAACUGAGGUUGUAGCUCAGGAUGCUGCUCCUCUCCCUGAGGUCCAGGUGCCGGAGGCUGACUACCAGGCUCCGAAGGGUACCUCUGAGAUCGAGCCGUCGAGACACAAGAGGCCCAGGAUCGAUCAGGGCGGAGCUUCCAUCCGUUCUUCUUCCUCGUCCUCUAGAGGAGGGACUGUUGGGUGGAGCUUUACCCAUUCGAAGCCUGGGUCGAUCCUGGAUGACUCUUGGGGCCUAGCUGCGAUAAUGAGGCACCUGAAGAGCGUGGGAUGUCCCCUUCCAGCGCUCAAGGACCUGACUAACCGAGAUGAGUAUCUCGAUAUUGCCCACUGUAUGGGUCAGUUGGCUGGGGCUGUUAACAGGGCCCAGCUCAGGUUUGAGAAUGCUCUGUGUGCUGCCCCCAAUGCUGGUGAACUUGCUGAGGUUACCGAGAUGGUUAAGGCAGCCAAAACCGAUCUUGACCAAGCCCGGGUUCGAAUUUCUGAACUCGAAGCCGAAGUGACGAGGCUAGGCUCGAAGGCCGAUGCUCAGCAAGGAGAGAUCGAGAGUCAAAAGCUCGAUAUCCAGGUGAAGAGCAGGAGGAUCAAUGAUUUAGAGGCUGCUCGAAAGAUAGCUGAGCAUCAAGUACGUGAGCUCAUUGCCUCAUCCCGGGAUAGCCAGAAGAACAAGGAAGCUGAAGUCAAGCUGGCUGUCAGGGAAGGGAAGAAAGAAGUCGCCGAAGCUUACGGCAAGAUCCUGGUCUGUGUUAAGGAGAAGUUUGCUAGGAAGAAAGAUGAGGUCGACGCUUUGGUGUACGCUCAGGAGCUCCAAGCUAAUGCCGACCUCUUGAAGGAUAUGCUGAACAACAAGAUCCAAAGCGUUGAAGAGGAGUACAACCAAUUGGUGGCCUUAUUACCAGAAGCGACAACUGCGUAUGAGAAGGCUCAAGUCUCUGACUUCUCGGUCAGCAAGCUUCCUCUUCCCCAGAUCUCGGAGAGUUCAGGUACUUUCGAGAUUAACAUGUUUAAUCCAUCCUUUUCUGGGGAGUAUGGCUCUAAUUUGGGUUUGAUGGCUCCUGACUUAGCUCCAGUCGAGGCAGCAAUAGGAGGUGACGGCAAUGUGGUCGAUGAGGGAGUUCCUGCCGGUGCUGGUGAUCCGAUUCAGGAAGAGAAGGAAGAUUGAGAGCUACGGCUCUUUUAACUUUAUGUUUUGUGUUUUUAAGACUUCGGCCUAAGGGCUUUGUUUCGUUAUGUUUUGUGACUUAGUGCCUGAGGAGGCCUUUAAACCUUAACGCUUGCUGGAUUUCAAUAGCCUGGGGAGGUUUUUAAACCCUUUCUUAUGUUUAAAUCGUGGCUAUUAUUUCUGUUUUAAGUUUUUGAACUUAACCUCGUUUCAUUUAAUCAUAGUGAUUGCGAAUCUCA